AUGUCAGAAGAAAAAACUACCUCGAUUAAAAUUGAACCACUAGAAUAUUCAGCAGAAGAUCCUCAAAAUGAAGAGGAUAUUAAGUCUGAAUCUUGUUCAGAGAAUGGAGAAACAUGUCUGGAAAGAUUUAUGAAUUCUAAAAUAACUGUAGAGGAAGAAAUCAAACAGGAAUUAAUGCAGGCUCCUAUAAACCCUUUCGUAUGCACAAUAUGUGAUAAUGCAUUUGCUUUAAGACACCAUUUAGAUCGACAUAUUAUUGCUCAUAACAGAGAACUGCCAAUUCAUGCCGGAGAACUUCUUUUGAAGUGCAAAAUAUGCAACAGAGACUUCCAUUCAUCAAAAGAGAACAGCCAAUUCAUUCUGGAGAACUUGCUUGCAAAUGCAAUAUAUGUAACAGAAACUUUCGCUCACCAAAAGAAAUGUGGAAUAUGCAAUAAAUCAUUAGCACAAUCUGAUGCUUUAAAUGCACACAAGUUUAUCAAUUCUAGAGAAUUUCCUUAUCAAUGUGAAACAUGUAGCAAAUCUCUUCAUGCAUCAAAAACUUUAAAUAACCAUAAAGCUCAAAAUAUAAAGUAUAUGAGAAGAGACACUUGGGUGCUCAUGUGA